CCCCGCGGCAGCAGGGCCGAGCCCGCCUUGGCCCCGCAGGCGCGGCCCCAGCGUGGGCAGCCCCUGCCCCGCCUCUGCGGCCGCCCAUAAAAGCGCUGGCCCGGGCCAGGGCUGCAUCCACCGCUGCGGCCUCGCUCUGCUCAGCCCAAGGGCAGCCUCAUCUCCUCUCUCACGCCAACAUGUCCUGCUACGACCUGUGCCCUCCUCGCAGCAGCGCGGACCUGUGUCCCCCCCGCAGCAGCGUGGCCGUGCCCCAGCCCAUCGCUGAGAGCUGCAACGAGCUGUGCGCCCGCCAGUGCCCCGACUCGUCGGCCUUGAUCCAGCCGCCGCCCGUGGUGGUCACCUUCCCCGGCCCCAUCCUCAGCUCCUUCCCCCAGCAAGCCGUGGUGGGCUCCUCCGGAGCCCCGGCCUUUGGCGGCUCCCUGGGGCUGGGCGGCCUCUACGGCGCCGGCGCCACCCAGGCCUCGGGGGGCCUGUGCACCUUUGGCAGAGCCUACGCUGCUCCCGCCUGCAGCCCUUGCGCCUUGCCCCGCUACAGCAAGAAGCUCUGGGACACCUGCGGGCCCUGCUAGAGCCGCCAGAGAGGCUUUUUUAUGCGUCAGCAAUGGAGAAAUCCCGAAGUUUUUCAUCCCUUUAUUGUCGCCAUUACUGUUUUCUUUAAACCUUUUCUUUUCUGUUGCUUAUUAUUUUGAUUUAUGUCCAGUUUGAACAUCUAAUUAUUUAUGUUCUCUUUUAUUAAUGUAUUAUGUAUAAGAAUUUCAUUGUUCUUUCCUUAUCUUUGAUCUUUAAUUUUUAUGUCUUUUAUAUCAACCUCAUGUUAUAUUUCCAUUUAUUUACCUCUGUUUGUUGAGAACUGGAUGUGUUAAUAAUUUUGGCUUUAGUUUUUCUAUUCUCUAUGUCGUUCUUGUUUUCGCAUGCUUUCCUUUGUAAUCUCUGUGUGAUUUAUUCACAUUUUUUUCUGCAAUAAAUCUCUUAU